UGAAAAAUUUGUUACAAACCUCUCAAACUAUUUAGUUGACCAUCCUUUUUAUUUUUGUAUCUAGUACCUGAAUGCCUAUUAUCCAAACUGGUGAAUGUGGUAGAGAAACAAAGCUGUAGCUAUCUAAAUUAUUACAGUAGAAUCUCUAAUUCAUUACAGCCCACAUUGUCUGGAUCCUUCUCAUGAAGGGGAUGGUACACUCACAAGUAUUCAAAAGCCUUUUUGGGGUGGCUUUAAGAACUGCUUUCUUUUCCAGAAGGGAAAGAACUCCAGCCUAGAUUAUUAAAGUGGAACAGUGGUAUGGCUAUUUGGGACUUAAUUUUUUUAUUUGGAUUAUCUUGUUCUUGUAGGCUGUACAAGAUUCAAGCCCUAAAAAAAUGGCAUUAGUAGCAGCUGACUCACAACAGAAUGUGGUAGCCAGGGUUGUCAACCUUCCCUUGGUGAGUUCCACCUAUGACAUGGUGUCCUCUGCUUAUGUCAACACAAAAGAUAACCAUCCCUAUCUGAAAUCAGUAUGUGAGAUAGCUGAGAAAGGAGUGAAGACCAUCACUGCAGUGGCCAUGACAAGUGCUAUGCCUAUCAUCCAGAAGCUGGAGCCACAAAUUGCAGUUGCCAACAGCUAUGCAUGCAUAGGACUGGACAAAAUUGAAGAGAGGCUGCCUAUACUAUAUCAACCAACUGACAAGGUGGUUGCCAAUGCCAAGGAUGUAGUUGUUGGUGCAAAAGAUGCUGUAACAAUCACUGUGACUGGUGCCAAGGAUACUGUUGCCCAUACAAUUACUGGAGUCAUGGACAAGACUAAAGAAGCUGUGCAUGACAGUGUGGAAAUGACCAAGUCAGUUGUCAAUGGCAGCAUUAACACUGUCCUGGGAAGCCGUGUGGUGCAGAUGGUGAGCAGUGGGGUGGAUAGCGCACUCAGCAGGUCGGAGACUCUUGUAGACCAUUAUCUUCCACUUACUGAAGAGGAGCUAGCAAAAGAAACUACAAAGGUUGAAGGAUUUGAAGCUGGAGUUCAAAAGCCAAGCUACUACAUUAGACUUGGAUCCUUGUCUUCAAAGGUCCGCAGCCGUGCCUACCAACAGGCCUUAAUCAGGGUUAGAGAUGCUAAGUACAAAAGCCAAGAGACCAUUUCACAGCUCAAUUACACUGUUAAUCUGAUUGAGUAUGCCAGAAAGAACAUGAAUAGUGCCAACCAGAAACUUCAUGAUGCCCAGGAAAUGCUAUAUCAGUCCUGGGUAGAAUGGAAGAAAAACACAGGCCAAAAUGAUGGUGAUGACUCUCACAGUGCUGAGCACAUUGAAUCACGCACGCUAGCUAUUGCACGGAGCCUGACUCAGCAGCUUCAGACCACUUGCCUCACCCUGGUGUCAAGUAUACAGGGGUUGCCGCAGAACAUUCAGGACCAAGCCCAUCAUGUUGGGGCAAUGGCAGGAGACAUCUAUAGGAGUUUCCACUCUGCUUCAUCUUUCCAUGAAGUAUCAGAUAACCUUCUCACCACUAGCAAAGGACACCUGAAGAAAAUGAAGGAGUCUCUGGAUGAUGUGAUGGAUUAUCUUGUUAACAACACACCACUCAACUGGCUGGUAGGUCCCUUUUACCCACAACUGGCUGGGUCUCAGCAUGCUGAGCGCAAGGGUGAAGGGGAGAAAAAUGCCAGCCAGGAGGACAAACAGCCUGAACACAGCACAGAUUAAAUUGCAUAGCACACACAUACUCUGCAGUCUGAGCUAACAAGGUGACUUAACUACUGUAGCUGUCGGGUGACCUAUGGGGAAAAUAUCCACAGUGUGGGGAUGGUGGAGGCCUAAAGAUAUGAAUGUGUCCUUUCUCCUCUAAGAGAGGAACUUUCAUUAGAAAAAUGAUUUUGCUGUCCUAAGUGCCUCUGAAAAUAAUGACCAGCAUAAUGUGCCUUGAGGCUUGAAACUCCAGCAGCUUACAGCAGUGGUUCACCUUGUUUAGUUACCUGGUUAAGAAGCCUCUUGUCUGACAGCUAAAGUGUCCAGUAUCAGACCUUAAAUGGAACUCAUUGCAGCCAAAAACUGACUAGUCUGUGACCUGUGCAGGAAAAAUAUAAAAGUAGUAUGAUCUCAUUUGGCACUCCAUUUAAAAGUCCUGCAGCUCAGCAAGAGAACUUUAUCAAACUGCCACUGAUGUUUUGGUAUCACGAAUUGUGCACUUGGCUAUGAUGACUCAGACUGUACAAUUGUCUUAAUCACCUCAUUGGACAGGUCACACAAGCAUAAUGCCUUAAUAUGAAUCUACUUGCUUUGCUUUCAAGUAAGGCUUCUAACUUGUUCAGCCAGUUAUUUAAAUGCUCUGAGUUUUCAUUGCUCUUUUUUAAAUCUUUUUUCUAAAAAAUCCUUAUUUAACUACCCAAUAAAUCAACUAAAACCAGUACUGAGAAUUAAAUCUGCAGUGUGGAAUAUGAACACAUGUUUGUACCAGGGUGCCUAGUCUCAUGUGUCUUUGUAGUGCUUUUUCACCUUUUUUUGUAAUUCAUUUUGUAUGUUCAGUAAUAAAUGCUUCAGCAGCCAAAGUCUGUCUCAUUUGAAUGGUGUAAAAACUAACAUUUUAGCACUUCCUUAUUAAAUACUGUGACUCACUGUCUUGUUAAAUUGAAUUGGGUCCAGGAGAAGGCAGGCUUGAAAUGCAAACAAAGUAGAUACAAACUACUGGUUACUAACCCACAUCAGAUGCAUUACACAUAGAGAUGGGUCAGAUGUUGCUGCUGCAUUUGUUUCCUACCCAUGAGUCCCCAUCCACCCUUCCGCUCCCUCUUAGCUUUAUUCCAGCUUGUCUGUGCUUAUUGUCUGCCUUAGUGAAAACUUGGACUGUAGAAAUGACUGCUCAGUAAUGUAAAGGAGGUGGUCUGUGCAGGAUGGCCUGGACAGAUGUUUGUCCUGCUUGCAGUAUGGGCAUUCUUGCAUGUGACUUCUAAUACCUACUGCAUGGGCAGUCCUCCCUCUGCAGCCAAUAUACUUUUAGUUUGAAAAAUCAGAACUGAAAAUAGAUGGCUGUUUUGUGUGGUGUCUUUUUAUAAUCAAACAUGCAUUUGAAACUACAAAGACUUGAAACUUAAUCACACUACUUAAUUUGCUUAUUACAUGUGCUGCAUAUUGUACACUGGGGAGAGAAAUGGAAUUUUAAAAAAUUCUGAUCAUGUACUAAUGAACACUAGUUAAUUAUUCUACCCUAGGUCAAGCUUGGACUAACCAGUUCAGCAUCUGGGCUCUCCCUAUUGGCACAACUAAAGCCUCAAACCACUGCAUAUCCACUAUUGGAAAUGAGGAUGGCUCUUUUGUGCCAUGCUGCAGUAAAGCAACCGUUUAAAGAUGAAAAUCAAAGUGGCUAGUGAACUCAGUGACUAGUGGGCUGAGGCUGUUGGAAGAGACCUUCAUGCUUAAUGAAUGGGCAGUUAAGAUGUUCAAGCUUCUGGGUUAAUAGCAUCCUACCAAAUUCAUGGUCCAUUUUGGUCAAUUUCACAGUCAUAGGAUUUUUUUAAA